AUGCCGAUAAAGGGGAUGAGAAGUUUGUUGUUUUCACCAAAAGUAUCUGCUUCCACUUCUACUUCUACCUCUCCUUCUGUAUCUCAUUUUCCUUUGCCAUCAAGAUUUGGAUUCUCGCCUUCUAAGCCGAGCUUUUCCGAGUCGGUAAUGAAUCGGACUUUGGAAAUGGCUGACCCCAUAAUCAUGAAAUGGAACCCAGAAACCACCACCUUUGCAAAGGUUACUUCUUUAUUUUAUGAUAAUCGCAAGGAAGCAUUUGAUUUCGUCAAGUGGGUGAAAAAUCUGCAAAAGGCCAUGCAACUUUUCAUCACCGGAAACUCCAACUCAGAAAAAUUAGUCGGAGCGCAAAAUCUGAUGCAAAUUGCCAUGAAAAGACUUCAGAAGGAGUUUUAUCAGAUUUUGUCCAUGAAUCGAGCUCAUUUGGAUCCUGAAUCGGUUUCCACUCGAUCCUCUAGAACCUCGAUACACUCGAGCAUAUCUGAUUAUGGUGAUGAAGACGAUGAUGAUAUCAGGAUUGUGAAGGAGUCCAUAACUGAAGUAGAAGACGCUUCUAGUAUUGCAAUGGCAGAUUUAAAAUUGAUUGCGGAUUGCAUGAUUUCUUGUGGCUAUGCCAAAGAAUGUUUGAAAAUAUACACAAUUAUUCGAAAAUCGAUAGUGGAUGAAGGUAUUUUCAAGCUUGGGGUGGAAAAAUUCAGUGCUUCCAAGGUUCAUAAAAUGGAUUGGAAUGCUCUGGAAUUGAGAAUCAAUAAUUGGCUCAAUGCCGUGAGAACUGCAGUAAAGACUCUAUUCAAUGGAGAAAAAAUCCUCUGUGAUCAUGUGUUUGCUUCUUCAGAUUCGAUCAGAGAGUCGUGUUUUAACGAAAUCACAAAAGAAGGAGCCAUGAUUUUGUUCGGAUUUCCACAAAAUGUGGCCAAAAACAGCAAAAAAUCACCGGAGAAAGUGUUCCGUAUUCUGGACAUGUACACCGGCAUCUCGGAUCGCUGGCCAGAAAUUGAUUCCAUAUUCUCCUUCAGUUCAACUACCACCAUCAAAUCUCGGGCGCUGACGUCACUCGUUAGCCUCGGCGAGUAUGUACGGACCGCAUUGUAUGUCUUUGAAUCGGAUAUCCUAAAGGAUUCAUCAAAAUCUCCAGUAGCCGGUGCCGGAAUUCAUAAUCUGACGAUCGAUGUGAUGAAUUAUUUGUCGGCUCUCUCUGAUUAUAGCAAUAUUCUCUCCGAUAUCCUAGUUGAUUCACCACCGCCGGUGAAUAAUUCAGAACCGGAAUCAUACUUUGGAUUUACCGAUUCCGUCGAAUCUCCGGCACAACCGAUUACUCGACAUAUGGCAUGGCUUAUUUUGGUUCUCCUACGCAAACUCGACGUCAAAGCGAAGUAUUAUAAAGACGUGUCUCUCUCUUACCUAUUUUUAGCCAACAAUCUCCAAUACGUCGUCGUAAAGGUCCGAGCAUCAAAUAUCAAAAACCUCCUCGGUGAUGACUGGCUGUCGAAACACGAUUCUAAGGUCCAACAGUUCGCGGCGACGUAUGAGCGGCUGGGAUGGAGCCUCGUCACCAACUCUCUGCCAAGGGAUCCAAUGGCCGUGAGGACGCGAGAACAAGUCAAGGAAAUUUUUAAGAAAUUUAAUUCGUUGUUUGACCAGGUAUAUCGAAAGCAAUCUGUGUGCGUCGUACUUGAUAGUAAGCUCCGAGAUGUAAUAAAAUUGAGGUUAGCCAGGAAGAUUUUUAGAGGUUAUCAAGCAUUUUACAAUGCUCAUAGUGUAUCCAUGCAAAGAGAGAGAAAUUCGACGACUGUAGUUAGAUUUGCCCCUGAGGAUGUCGGGCAUCGUUUGUCAUCUUUGUUCUUUUCAUCGAAUAAUACCAUGUAG